AUUUUUUUUUUUCCGUUCGUUUGGCUCCCCUCUUGUGCCUAAUUUUUUUUUGCCGCUGCCCAACGCGACGCGACGCACGCGUGUUGAAAGUUUUUGUUGCUUUUUUUUAUUAUUUAUUUUUAUUUUUUAUUAUUAUUUGUUGUGUUGUGGUGUGUACAUACAUAUAUAUUGCAAUUUGCCGCCUCUGAGCGUGCUAUGUGGUUAUUCUAGUAGUUAAUAUUAUUGUUUUACUUGUGCGCUGCUCUCUGACAAAUGUUCUCUGCGGCCAAUGGCAAAAUCAAGUUGCCGCCACACGAGACGGACGUCGUUGCUUCGUCGACGCUGCGCUGCCUCUUGCACGGACCCUUCCGCGAUCUCCACUUCAAUGUCUCCGAUCACCGGCUGAUACCCGUGCACGAUGUCGUCUUCCUGGACGACGUCGAGCGCAAUGUUAAGCCGCUCAUCUACAGGCCGGUGCUGCCCGAUACUGUGAUAACGACGUCGACUGAGACGUCAACAGAGACGUCGACAGAGACAGCGUCGCCGAAGCCAGCUGCUGGAACAGCCAAUGGCAGGUGAGUGUCU